GCUGGUGCGUUAAUGAGCGCAGCUGGAGUCGAUUGCAGCGAAGAUUACGUUCUGAUCCCUGGGGCUGAAAACAACCCGGCCAUGGGUGCCAUUCCAACCGCCGCGGGGGCGUUGUGCGGUCGGGCCUUUUCUGUGUUGGUGGACGUCGCUGCCAUUAUCUAUGACCCGGCUGCUCAUUUGUCCGUUUGCUCUCGACUGUUGCCAUUCCAAGUUGGAGUGCAUUUCGAUUCGGAUGAAGUAUCUACCGGUGUAGACUCAGCCACGAAUGAAGAAGGCAAAGCAGAUGGUGGAAUACUGGGCUUCAGUUUAAAUUAUCAACAGAUUAUGUGCUAAAUCAACAAGCAACCUCAUUCAUUUGGCUUAAUCAGAAUUUCUUGAAAGAUGAAUUUAUUCCAAAUAUAAUUGAAAUUUGUUUAUGUCACA